CAUGCAAAUAGAUGCCAGUUAACCAUGGAUGAGAUGGGUCUCUUUAAGCUAAAGAUAACCAUCCUGGCUGUCCUUUGUGUCAUCCUUGGAACUUUUGCUGUUGUUUUUGAAGUGCAAUUUUUUUCGACUGUGGAGAAAUAUACAGACAUUGCACAAAAGUUGGACACGCUGCACCAGCAAUAUAAUGAUGCCACUUCUAUGACUAAGAUGUUGGAGGCUAACCUUACAGAAACAAAUGAGAGGUUCGUCCAGCAGACAGCCAUGAACAUUAAUAUCUCAGAGGAAAACGCAAAACUGAAGGCGGAAAUUCGAGAUCUACAGCGAGCACAGCUGUGCACAGAUGGAUGGGAGUAUUUUAGAGGGAGCUUCUACUACUUCUCCUCUGACAACACAAACUUGGAUGAAGGCAGAGCUGCCUGUGUGGCUAUGGGCGGAGAUCUGGUCAUCAUCGAGAGUGCAGAGGAAAUGGAUUUCCUAAGUCUUCAAUUGAGGAUUUUAAAGGAGAAUGGCUACUAUAUUGGUCUAACUGAUGGUCAAGUUGAGGGAAGCUGGCGGUGGAUGGACAAUACCGCACUUAAGGACCCAAAAUUCUGGGGACGUAACCAACCGGACAACUAUGCACUGCCUGGAUGGGAUAAAACUGUUGGAAAGGACUGUGUUAUAAUAUCAGAUUAUAGGUGGUAUAACAUUCCAUGUAAUCGAGUGUUUAAGCGCAUCUGUGAGCGCAAGCUGGCGUGCAUAAAUGGCAGUAUGGUUAGUGAAUACAGUGCAGGUGGGGGUGGAUUUGCAUCUUUUCCCAGGGUCCAAGUGAGUGCAGGGUUCUCUGCAUCUUCUUGAAUUUUUUUUCAAGGGUUCAGUCCAUUUUAAUUCUAAGGACCCCACACAGAUCCUUUUAUUUGAGAUGUGAAUCAGGGUGAAUACUGUUACAAUACUGAGAAUUAGAUUUACUCACAGUAGCAAGUAUUAAAGAAACUCACUGACAACAACUAGAAAGAGAGAGAGAGAGACUUGAAUUGUGUUGUGUUACAGUGAUGUCGGACUACAUUCUUGCGUGCCAUCGCUUACGUAACAAAAAUUAAUGUUCUUUCAAUGAUCUCUAUCUAUUACUAAAAACUGCAAAUCCUUGUUUUCUCCCACAAACAUGACUAUGUAACAUUAAUACAUGAUUGAGUGAAUGAUGUGUGUGUGUGUGUGGAGGUGGAUAGGUUUUAAACUUUUGGAUUUUAUCAUGCAAGAUCCCAUUUUAAGUCUGUGUGUACUGUAUUUCAGAUUGCAGAUAUUUUAGAUGUAAUAUGAAAUAUAUCCCACUGUUGAUAUGGCUGUGGUGGGAUCACCAUGGUUGUGUAGUUGAGUUUUAGUCAUAAGGUUGAAUUAAUAAUUGAAUAAGUACGGGAUAAUGGACGACACGCCGUGCGGUUAUUCAAAGUUAAUGUACGUUCUAGACGGUGAUACGGCCCGACGCGAAGCGGAGGGACGUUCCGUCUAGAAAAGUGCAUUUAACUUUGAAUAACCGCACGGCGUGAAGUCCAUUAUCCCGCUUAUUCCACUGUUGCCACUUGCGUUGUGUUCGUUUCCGGUGCCAAUUUAAAUGUUUUAAUCGCUAGAACUGUAUUGUUUGUAGAACUACUUUUCCCAGACACUUUUC